GUUUAUGGUUUAGUUGGCGGUUGUGUGUGCUGGCGGCGUCUCUCACCAAUUUCUCGUCAGUUAUUCUAAGUUGUUCGACGCACGCUCUCUUAGAACUGUUCAUUCUCGUUAAAAAUCCGUUGAUUUUGUUACAAUCACCAUGGCAGAAGAAUAUCUUUACGGAGUUACUCUUGAAGGGAACAAUACAAACGAAGUUUGGGACCCAGAACACAAAAAUGAUGAUACGGAUGGCGCCAAUCAACAUUUUGGUGUUGAUCAAAAGCUUAUUAUCAAAAUGGCUUUAUUAGGACCUGAUGCCAAACCUGGUGAACUUAACGUUCUUCAAGUUGAAGCAAUGGGAUUAAAAGGACCUAUUAAAACGCCAAUUGCUUUAUUGGAAAGAGGAAAGACCGAACAAAUUAUUCUUGACCUUAGUUUUCCUGAUCCACCAGUAACUUUUUCGUUGGCUAGAGGUAGCGGACCAAUCCAUAUAGUCGGCCACAACUUGUUGGGUACGCAUAUGGAAGAAUUCGAUGAUUUGGAAGAUGAAAUGGAUGAGGAAAACAUUGAAGACGAAGAUGAUGAUAAAGACUCUGAAGGUGAAGAUGACGAGGAUGAAGAACCUAAGAAGAAAAAUGCCAAAAUGUCCUCACCAGCCAAAACAAAAAGUCAGGCCAAUAAGAACAAGAAAAAAUAAAUAAUUGUCUGCAAGUAAAAGGAGAUAUAAUGUUAGGAUAGGCUAUUGAGAGUAAGUCCAUUAUUAUCAUCCGCUGUUGCGCGACAAUAUAAUUUUUCAUCGAAUUAUAAAACAAAUGUAAUCAUCCACGCAUUUUGUGAUUUCAACUGGACCAUCUGAUUAUCAAUCGUAGGAGACUUGAGUCACAUAAAAGAUUUCAAUAGUCAACAUACUGUAACGAUACAACUUAUUUAUUACUUUAUUAACGCAACGGCAAUCAUGUCUUUUUUUAUCAAAGAUAAAUAUAAAGAUAUUUGAUUUUUAUUUUAUAAUAUAAUUAUUCCAUGUUAAUAGUCAUAAUGCAUUCAUAAAAAAUUAAAUCAUUAUGUAUAUUUUGUAUAAGGAACAUUUUUCUUCUACGAAUUACUACAUAAUACUUGUUUUAGAGACAAUUUUGGUAUCGAGUAUCUGUGGUUCAGUUUAUUCAGGAAAUUCGUGGGUACAGAGACGAGUGCAUUACUGCAUUUUUUAACAUUUUCUUUGUCUUCUUAAAUGUCUCAAUGACUUCUUCCAUACACAAAGUAAAAUAAGAAUAAGUGUGGUGAUUGUGAUCAAUGUUUGACGAUUUUGAAGGAGCUUAUCUUCUGAGUGAAAGCGACAUAAAUUAGAAGUAAAAAUGAAAAAUUAUCAAUAAAUGGUGUCAUUUAUUCGAAAGAACCUCAUUAUUAUCAGCACGUAUGUUUAUUAUUAAUUAUUAAUUAACAAUUUGUAUUUAAAUACUGCAAAAAAUAUGAAUUCUUGAUCGACUCGAGAAUAUUAUUUUAAUCAAUGAUUGAUAAUUUGAUAACAGACAACAGAUCAAGAAGUUAUCUUGAAUUGUUGUGUAUUGUUACAUCAAAGUAGAAAGUCUGAAAGCAUAUUGGAGGAAUUUUUGUGCGACCGAUUGCACCUCUGUACACCUAUUUUGUACAUAUUCAAUACAAUAAAAAAAUUUCACAUAA